ACAACACCACCACCAACGCCAAACAGUAUCUUUUCCCUCCAAUCGGAUUUACGCUGCCAAAUUCCGCGCUCUUAUCCCUCCCACUCCCCCCUCACUCCCCCUCUCUCUCUCCCUGUGAAUUUUUCAAAUCCCAACCUCCGCCAUGGAGCUCACUCCUCCGCCCCACCGUUGCAUUUGGUCCUCGCCGAUUCGUUCGUCCUCCUCCUCGUACCGACCUCUCCUCGUUUCAAUUUCGCCUCGGAACACCAAGCUCCUUAGGUCCGUACCUUCUUUUGGAUCGAUUCGCCGGAGAAAUCUGUGCUCCGCCUCCAGCUCCGAGACGUUGGUUGGGUCGCGGAAGGAGGGCGGCGGCAAGCAGAGUCAGGCGGUGAGCAAAAAAGACGAGGAGGAAGACUUGAAAUCUUGGAUGCACAAGAACGGGCUGCCUCCUUGCAAGGUCGUGCUCAAAGACAAACCUUCCUACGACGAGAAGCUCCGGCCCAUUCAUUACGUAGCUGCCAGCGAAGAUCUUGAGGUUGGUGAUGUCGCAUUUUCGGUGCCGGAUUCUUUAGUUGUAACUCUCAAGAGAGUGUUGGGGAACGAAACAAUUGCUGAAUUAUUAACUACGAACAAAUUAUCGGAAUUGGCAUGCUUGGCAUUGUAUCUGAUGUACGAGAAGAAACAAGGAAAGAAGUCAUUUUGGUAUCCCUAUAUAAGAGAGCUCGAUCGUCAGCGAGGGAGGGGUCAAUUGGCGGUGGAAUCACCCCUUUUAUGGUCAGAAGCUGAGCUGGCUUAUCUUACAGGCAGCCCCACAAAGGCUGACGUUCGUGCAAGGGCCGAAGGAAUUAAAAGAGAAUAUAAUGAGCUUGACACUGUCUGGUUUAUGGCUGGUUCCCUAUUUCAGCAAUACCCAUAUGAUAUUCCUACGGAGGCCUUCCCAUUUGAGAUAUUCAAACAAGCUUUUGUUGCAGUUCAGUCUUGUGUAGUGCAUUUGCAGAAAGUUAGUUUGGCUCAAAGAUUUGCUUUGGUUCCUCUUGGGCCCCCAUUGUUAGCUUACGGAAGCAACUGUAGAGCAAUGUUGACAGCUGUUGAUGGUGCUGUUCAACUAGUGGUCGAUCGGCCAUAUAAGGCAGGGGAGUCUAUUGUUGUGUGGUGUGGACCACAGCCUAAUUCAAAGUUGCUUAUAAACUAUGGUUUUGUUGAUGAAGAUAAUUCUUAUGAUCGUUUGGUGGUUGAGGCAGCUUUGAACACUGAGGAUCCACAAUAUCAAGAUAAAAGAAUGGUUGCUCAAAGAAAUGGAAAAUUAUCAGUACAAACUUUUCAGGUAUAUGUGGGAAAGGAAAAGGAAACGGUCUUCGAUAUGCUUCCCUAUCUGCGACUGGGCUAUGUUUCAGAUCCUUCAGAGAUGCAGUCUGUUAUCUCCUCUCAAGGUCCAAUUUGUCCAGUGAGUCCUUGUAUGGAACGAGCGGUGCUGGACCAACUUGCUGAUUAUUUUAGAACACGGCUGGCUGGCUAUCCAACUACAUUGAGUGAAGAUGAUUCUUUGUUGGCAGAUGCUAAUUUGAAUCCGAAGAAGCGAGUUGCUACUCAGCUUGUUAGGUUAGAAAAGAAAAUGCUCCAUGCAUGCCUGAAGGUGGUGGUUGAUUUGAUAGGCCAGUUACCAGACGACACUGUAUCACCAUGCCCAGCUCCUUAUGCCCCCUUGUUGAAAUAAAAAGAUGGAUCGAAGGAAGCGGGCAACGCAUAGGGCACAACCAAGGAGAACUGGAAUAUGUCUGGCUCCAUCAGGCAUCAAAGAGGAGAGAAUCAGGCAUUCUUUUUCAGUAACAUGUAAAUUCCUUCCCACUCGUUUGUCAACAUACAAUAUGACCCGUCCCGACACUCUCCAUCGUAUAUUCUCCCGAAUUCAUUUUCUUCCUCCCUCGGAUGAAUGGGGUGCCGGAAAAGAGAAACGAAAGGAAACGAAAAUGAUACGAAGGAUGAAUGCCUUGAUGAUUUUGGUAGCUAAUGUAAUCUUUGGUCGUUCUCUGUAAAUGUGAAUCAGGACGACCAGACUCUUAAUCCAUUUGUGUUCAAUGUACAUUACUCUGUUCAGAAUA